CUGUAAAAGGGGCUCCUUUUUUCUUUUCUUUUGUAUGAGAAGUGGACUGAAUACAUUUUUGCACUGACCGAACAAAAGUGCAGGUAAAGAGAAACCCCGCGUCCCUCCUGUCCGCACCCCCUCUUUCCGACCCUCCGCCAGCCUCACCGCGGCUCCCUCCACCAUGCCGGCCCCCUGUGCUCGGACUAUCGGCCUCCUGCUCUUCGCUUCGUGCCUGCUGUGCUCCCAGCCGAGCGGCGCUCAGUAUCACGGCGAGAAGGGCAUCUCGGUGCCCGAGCACGGCUUCUGCCAGCCCAUCUCCAUCCCGCUGUGCACGGACAUCGCGUACAACCAGACCAUCAUGCCCAACCUGCUGGGCCACACGAACCAGGAGGACGCCGGGCUGGAGGUGCACCAGUUCUACCCGCUGGUGAAGGUGCAGUGCUCGGCCGACCUCAAGUUCUUCCUGUGCUCCAUGUACGCGCCCGUGUGCACGGUGCUGGAGCAGGCCAUCCCGCCGUGCCGCUCCUUGUGCGAACGCGCUCGCCACGGCUGCGAGGCGCUGAUGAACAAGUUCGGCUUCCAGUGGCCCGAGCGCCUGCGCUGCGAGAACUUCCCCGUGCACGGCGCCGGGGAGAUCUGUGUGGGCCAGAACACGUCGGAGGCGGCCGGCGGGGCAGCCGGAGCAACGUCCGAGCCCACGGGCUACGGGCGCGAGCCGCUCACGCUGCCCCCGGGCGGCGGCGCCAGCGGGAAGUCGAGUCCGCACUUCACGUGCCCGCUGCAGCUGCGGGUGCCCAGCUACCUCAACUACCACUUCAUGGGCGAGAAGGACUGCGGCGCGCCGUGCGAGCCCACCAAGCCCAACGGCCUGAUGUACUUCAGGGAGGAGGAGGUGAAGUUCGGCCGCCUGUGGGUGGGCAUCUGGUCGGUCUUGUGCUGCGCGAGCACGCUCUUCACCGUGCUCACGUACCUGGUGGACAUGCGGCGCUUCCGUUACCCCGAGCGGCCCAUCAUCUUCCUCUCGGGCUGCUACUUCAUGGUGGCCGUGGCGUACGCGGCCGGCUUCUUCCUCGAGGACCGCGUCGUGUGCAUCGACCGCUUCAGCGACGACGGCUACCGCACGGUGGCGCAGGGCACGAAGAAGGAGGGCUGCACCAUCCUCUUCAUGAUCCUCUACUUCUUCGGCAUGGCCAGCUCCAUCUGGUGGGUCGUGCUCUCCCUCACGUGGUUCCUCUCCGCCGGCAUGAAGUGGGGCCACGAGGCCAUCGAGGCCAACGCGCAGUACUUCCACCUGGCCGCGUGGGCCGUGCCCGCCGUCAAGACCAUCACCAUCCUCGCGUUGGGCCAGGUGGACGGCGACGUGCUGGCCGGUGUGUGUUACGUGGGCGUGCACAGCGUGGACGCGCUGCGCGGCUUUGUACUGGCGCCGCUCUUCGUCUACCUCUUCCUGGGCACGUCGUUCCUGCUGGCGGGCUUCGUUUCGCUUUUCCGCAUUCGCACCAUCAUGAAGCACGACGGCACCAAGACCGAGAAGCUGGAGAAGCUCAUGGUGCGCAUCGGCGUCUUCAGCGUGCUCUACACGGUCCCGGCCACUGUGGUCAUCGCCUGCUACUUCUAUGAGCAGGCGUUCCGCGCGCAGUGGGAGCGCACGUGGCACAUGCACACUUGCAAGCGCUUCGCCGUGCCCUGUCCCGCGGGAGACUUCGCUCCGGUCACGCCGGACUUCACCGUCUUCAUGAUCAAGUAUCUGAUGACCAUGAUCGUGGGCAUCACCUCGGGCUUCUGGAUUUGGUCCGGCAAGACGCUGCAGUCGUGGCGCAGGUUUUACAAAAGGCUCAGUAACAGUAACCAGGGCGAGACGACUGUAUGAGAGGGACACAAACACACGUAGACAGAUGAGGAGAGAGGUUUGAGAACCACCUUCAGUUUUGAAGUCCACUCUGCACUGGACAGUUUCAUGUUUUCUUGUUAUAAAUCACCCGUUUCAGCUCAUCAGAUUCAGUUCAUGAGAUACAUAUAAGGUCGUGAAAGUGAUCAGUACAGUCGUUUGUGAGAUGUCAAGCUGGAAAGCAGGGAUGGAGAACCCCUGAUAUAGAGCAGUGUUUCUCAUCUCUGGUCUCAGGGGCCAUCUGAGGGGCCCUGUUUUGUAUUUCCCCUCCACCUGAGUCACAUCAUUAGCUAAUGACCAGCUGAUUCAGCUGUGAUAGAGCAAGAAAAAGUAAAACUCUGCAGUGCAGUUGGACUACAGGGUUGGAUCUGAAAAAGAAAAACAGGGCUGGACACUAUUUUUCCUGAGACAUGUUCUCUUAAGGAGCCCAAGCAUGGACCUGAACUCUUAAUGCAAAGACGAGCCAAACUAACACACAUAGAAGGCCGUUUGCUCUGUCCACUGCCUUUGGACAAACUGCAUUCUGUGGACACUUGACGUGCCAAAAUGAUCCCCGAAUUAAGGACCGUCAUUUGACCUUUAUUCUCACAUCUGUGAAAAAGAUAAUUUGACUAUAGCUAUAUGUAACAGUAUAAUUCACAGAUGUAAUCUGUGCAGAUUUUUAGGACGUAUAGGCCUCCAGCUGACAGCACAGUACGUGUAAUGCUCAUUACUGUGGAAUCACCAUUCUGUCAAUGAAAGUUGAACGUUUUGCCUUAUAAAUGUAUCCUUUCUUGUUUUUUUUUUAUAUGGACUUGUAUUAUUUUCACAGGCACAGACAAUCCUGCAUAGUUCUGUGGCACAAAUGGGCUUGUGGGCUAUAUGCAUGUGUACAUCUGUGAAAUUAUGCAAGAUCCUUUUCAACUCCACAUCUUGUAAAUAAUCACCUUUUCUUAAAGAAUAUAUGUAUUUAUGAAGAUAAUCUUGCUGUUUCUUUUCUACCUGAUUUUUUAAAAAAGAAAAUUGGUAAGAGGACAUUUGUAUAUGUACAGUUUCACUGAAUAAAAUGAUUAGAUUUUUAA